AUGACAGCAGCAAGGAUUUCAAGUAUAACAUUCCAAGCCUUUCUAUGGAAACCAGGCUUCAGCCAGGCGGUGAGAGAAGUGCUGGAAAAGGCCAGUGAAUGGACCUGUCGAAGCGACGCCAUGCACAACUACAGACGUCUGCGUCAACGCGACCUCAAGUUGGAAAAUCAGGCUGUUGGCAUCUUGGACGAUCAGGACUCGCACAAGAUCGUGAUGGACGUGUUUGACUUCAUGAAGGGCGACGUGACAGUGCAGUUGGUGAAGGGCAAGGAGCUGCUGGUGGAGGGUCAAGCAGAGAGGCAGGACGGAGGCAGAGUGUCCCGAGUGAGCUUCGUGCGUCGCUUCGCCUUGCCUGAGCUCGUCGAGCGAGACGCCAUCAGCUGCGUGUUGUCCUCGGACGGAAUCCUGACGAUCACCUGCAGGAAGAGAGCAAGCGGCUACAGCGCAAGGGGAUUUUGCAGCGAGAGGAAGCCCGUGGACACAGCUGGCGGGGGAGGACAGGAUGCGAAGGACUCCCUCGCGGAUUGGGAAGGAGCCAGUUCUCGGGCCUUCAGCACCGGCUCUCGCUCCCGCUACCAUCGCUCUUAUGCGAAGCAAUAUUAG